CCGACGUGGUCAGCAUUCACAGCAAGACUGAGAACGACUUCCUUCGGAGUCGAGUAGUGGGCAGCCGGCGAGUCUGGGUUGGUAUGCGGUCACACGGACAAAUUCGGCGGUGGGUGGACGGCACACCGGUCCAUUUCACUAAUUUCAUGCCAGGUGUGUCGCCGGCCGAUCGUACCAGCGAUGUCGUCCAGCUGUUGGGGAAAAACGGCUAUUGGAAGCCUGCCUCCUCCUACAAAGGCACCAGGCUGCACGCGGUCUGCAAGAUGGCCUCGUGCAAGUGUCGUGAAGGCUGGACACAAUGGGGUAACGCGUGCUAUCUGGCAAAGAAGGAGAUGUCCAUCGACUGGCUGAGUGCGCGAGAGCAAUGUCAACAGAUGGAGCCCACUUCAGACCUGGCCACUAUCACCUCUGCGGCCGAGAACAGGUUCGUCUUCCGACUGGCCGGGGGCAAGGACCGCAUCUGGAUCGGCCUCAAUGAUCGGGUCCGCGAGGGUGAGUUCCACUGGAACAAUCGCUCCGACGGAGUGGAGUACACCAACUGGAUCAGGCAUUCUUCGCAACGGAAUUCACAUGCCAAAGACUGCGCCUACAUGACCCGAGGCGGAAAAUGGAUAGUCUCUUCUUGCCGUCAACACGGCUUUUAUUACGCUUGUAAGCAGUUGCUGUGCGGCCGUUCCUCGGAGGCAAGUCCGACGCGGCGCGGCUCCGACCGUGUCUGGAGGCCCGAGGACAGUGUGCGCUGUCCGCCCGGCUGGAGUCGCAGCUCGUCCUCGGCCGUGGACUCGGCUCUCCGGCCUUCUUGCUUCAGCCGGCCCACGGCGGCCGACACGUUCGCCGGGGUGCAGAGCCGGUGCCGCGCGCAGCACCCGGCCGCCGACGUCGCCGUCAUCCGCUCGCUGGAGGACAACGACCGGGCCUUCCUGUCGGCCGGCGCGCUGCCCAUGUUCAUCGUCAGCGACGACCAGUUUGACAUGCAGGAAGAGUCGGCUUCGGCCGGCGUCGGCUGCGUCUCGCUGGAGCCGACCGGUCUGUGGAGCUCCGGUCGGUGCGCUGCGGGCCGCCUGCCGGGCCUCUGCCAGAUGCCCGCCUGCACCCCGUGUUGCCCCAACGGCUGGCACCUCUUUCAGGGACAGUGCUAUUACGUCGAGGAAAGACCUUUGGAUGCAGCCUCCGCAGAGGCUGAAUGUCGAAGAGCUGGCAGCAAAUUAGCUAGUAUCCAUAGCCAGGAAGAGAACGAUUUCAUCGAGAAUCUGGCGUUUCAAAGAAAGUCUGGCAUGCCGAAACGCACUCCUCAUCUGUGGAUAGGCGGCCGGCGGAAAACCCCAGGAGCCGACUGGGUGUGGUCUGACUGCAGCGACUGGAACUUCUGGCACUGGGACAUCACUGACGGCCGAAAGCCGGCAAAAAACGCGCACCAGUGCCGGCGGAAGCAUCAACACUUUGAGGAGCCGACACCUUCCCGGCUCAAGAAUCUGGUCGGUGGGUGCGCUGCCAUGAGGGGCACCACGGGUGCCUUGAUGGAGUACAACCGUUCCGACCUGCUGCCGUAUGUCUGUCAGGCGCGGAAGCGUAACUGA